GUUUUCAGCCGCAUGACAAACAGUGCCGCUACCGCCGCUGCUCAAGUCUCCAACACAAAAUGGCGAUUAAGUGGUGCGUAUUUUUAAGGGAAAUUUAUGUGAAAUUAGUGUAAAUAAUCCUAUAUUUAACUCUAGUCUUUAGUUAUUGGAAGGUUUUGUAGUGUUUUGGUGAAAAAAUCCUCGGUGCCCACGGUGCGGUGAGGUGAGAAAACUGCCAGUGAAAUCUGUCGCAAGUUUUUCUUGUGUGCGAGAGACAUUGGGGGGUAUACUGCAUCUCGGAGAAGAGAAAAAAAAAUGCAGGGGUAACUCUGAUCGGCGUCAAAUUCACCGCAAAAAAAGGGAAAGACUGGGAUAUUUUGGUGGAUUUGGGGGAAGGAAAGUGGACGGAUUGUGAGGUGUGUAGUGUGUUGAGUGGUUUUUGGUUUUUGGUGAGAGAGAAAAGGUAUUUGGCAGUGGAUGAUGGUGCAACGCGUCCCUCAAUAGAAAUGGAGUACCCCGAUGAUUGCUGAAAUAUUCGAAAUUGCCUGGAUUUACCCAAUUCAUCGAGCAGAAAUUGUCUCUUAAAUAGCAGAUUCCCCGCGAAAAAAAAGAUGGAACUCUUCAGCAUCCACCAUUGUGGCUUGGAAAAUGAAGAAAGUAUCACACUACAAAACAUCACAGUCAACAGUCCAUCAGCUGACUGUUGAAUUUUAUCACUUUUUUGAGAACUAUGUUGAUAACAACAAUAUUAGGAGGAAAAGAGAGAGAAGGAGAGAGAAUAGUAGAGGUAAUCUGUCAAACACAAUGUUGUGCAAAACAUUGAGACAGCAGUAUCGUCAGACAAUUGAUGAAAGUGAAUGAAUAGUAUUAAAUUUUUAAAGUUGAGACUCAUUUCUUGAGAGAGACCACACGAUAAUGAGAACUUAAAAAAAUAAACAAAUAGAAAGAAAAAUAAAAACUUACAAUGUGGCUUGAAUAAAAACCACAGGUGAAAAAAAGAAGAAACAGGAGAUAAAACGUUGAUAAAAUAAAAAAAAAAUAUAUUAAUUUAAAUUGUAAAGUUCUAAAUAAUAGAAAAAGAAGAAAAACUAGGAUUCUAAGGAACACAUUAGAGGGAGAAGGAGAUAAAACAACUCAUAAUUUUGAACAUUGUGAAUAACUUUACUUGGAUAACGCUUAAGGAUUUUUUUGUUAAUACAAAUUUUUUUAUAGUGGAAAGUAUUUGAAGAGAGAAAAAAAUAAACGAGAAUGAGUAGGAAUUAAGUAGACGAAGAGAGAAGCACAAAUGCUAUUCUCGAAGUAGAAAAACAAAAAGGACGAAAUAGAAAAGAAUUAAUGAAGGGCAUCAAAUUUAGAUACAUUUAAAGUCAAAACAAAACAAAAAAAGAAAAGAAAGAAACGUAUAGUGAAAAAAAAACUCAUUUCUAAUGGAUGGAAAUGCGCAAAAUAUGUUUCACGGAAAUCAUCAGGGAGAUGCCUAUUAUCGAUAUGAUACAUCUGCACCACGUCCAAUGGGGCCACCGGGUGCAUAUGCUCGGCACAGGGCCCCACAUCCACUGCAGCAGCAGCAACAGCCCCAAUAUCCGUCUUAUCAACCACCAACCGAUAGCAUGUACACCAUGGGUGAUCAACAUGCUGGAAUGGGUGGUAUGGCUGAUAUUAGUUCGGCAUGGGGUGCUCCCGGACAGGCUGGCCCAUAUGGGACACCAACAAUGGGCUAUGGACAUCCACAGACGCCACAGCAACAACAGAGACAACCACAACCGCAACCCAGCUAUAGACAGCACAUGACAGGAUAUCCUCAGGAUCCUCAGAAAAUGCAGUUUUCCACUCAGCAAUCCAUGAUGGCUGGAAUGAUGCCACAGCAGGCCUAUGGGGCAAUUGGCCAGCCCCAGCAGGCUCAGCCACAGCAAAGAGUUCCUCAGCACUAUACACAAACUGGAGGUCAUCCGAUGUAUCCGGGUGCACCACAACCUCAACCAUCUGCUGCCCAGGCCUAUGCUGGCUACAGUGCAGGCCUGCAGCAUCAGAGUAGUCGAUCGUCGCAUGUUGCGUAUGGACAUACGCAACUCGAUCAAGCAGCAGCCUAUGGGCAGCAUCUGCAGAGUACAGCUGCUGCAGGGCAUCAUCUGGGUACGGGUCCACAGCAGCAGCAGGCCCAACAACUGCCACCGGGUCAUCCGAGUCAACAGACGCAGAAUCACUUGGGUCAACCGUCGCAGGGACACUUGACGUCACAGCAGAUGCAUCCUAGCCAACAUGUUCAGCCCCAUCCAAUUGGUACGCAAUCUCACACCCAACCCCAUCCCCAACACAGUGGACUGUCGAGUUUGCCGAGUGUGGCAAGUUUGCAUGCACCACAGCAGAGUCAACAGCAGACGCCGACUGUGGCACAACCGACUAAUCAACCACAGCAACCGAGUCAGCAGCAACAUAUGGCACCACAGCCGCAUCCCGGAAUGGUGCAUGGGCAGCAAACGCAUCCGGGAAUGCUGCAUCCGGUUGCCGGUGCCAAUCAACAUCAACCGACACAGCCACAACAACCAGGAAUUCCUCCACAUAGCCACAGCGGAGCCCAUGCCCAUCAAAUGGGUGGGCACAGUUUGAAUGCUUACGGAGUCGUGCCGCCGCCGCAGCAGCAACAGCAAGCUCAGACUCAUUCAGCUGCUUCGCAACAGCCGUCGUACUUGACGGCGGCCAAACAACAGGCACAACCACCACAACAUAGCAGCGGAAGUCCGCAGUACAGAACGCCAUUUCCGCAGCUGUCACCGCAAAUGUCACCAAGACCCCCGCAGAUAUCACCGCAUCCGCAGAUGUCACCGCGUCCUGUGAUGUCACCGGCGAAGCCACAACCGCCGAAUUCGUCAUCAGCUCUGUCACCACAUCCCCAUAUAUCGGGCGUACCGAGUCCUAGGCCGGGUCAGCAGCAGAGUAUGCCACAGGCGAAAAAUGCCAGCCCCGCUGGACCCGUUAGUACGCUUCAGGCACUCGAACAGAUGGUGAUGCCACCGACAUCGGGACCACUGCCACCUAGUUCUGUUGCCAUGGAAUACCCACCGACAUCGUAUCGGGCACAACAGCAUCAACAGAUGCCGUCGAAUCCACUAUCGCCAAUGGGUCCGCGGAUGCCAAUGUCACCGCAGCAGCCGCAGCAACAAUGGCCGCCGAUGCAUAGACCAGGCAGUGGAAGCCAUAUGCAACAGCAGCAGCAGCAACAGCAGCAGCAGGCACAACAUCUCUAUCCACAGCAAACGCUACCGCCCAUUGGGCAUGUGACGUCACCACAACAACAACAACCGCAGCAUCCACAGUUGCUGAGUGAUCUGUCAUCGAGCUUAACACCGGUAUCGCAGUCUCUACCGCCAAUUCCGCAUCCAACGGCAACACCACUACAACAGACGCACUAUCAACAAAUGCCACAUCAACAGGCACCACAUCCACAACAUCCACCGCCAACGUCUCAACAUCAAUCCCUUUCGCAGCAACAGCAAUCUCAGCCACAGCAACAGCAGCAGCAGUCGCAUCAACCACCGUCGCAACCGCUACUACAGCAAGAUCAAUCACCACAGCAACCACCUACAACAACCCCCUUGAACGUUGAUGAGCACUUAGUGGUGGAUAAAUCCCAUCAACAGACUGAAGAUUUGUUGCUACAGCAGAAGCAACAUCAAUCCCAACAACCAACACAUGUAUCCCAAACAACAACAACAACCCAGGUUUCCCAAAUCAAAAUCCCUGAUGUCAUGAGCUCAUCUCAGAAUUCCAAUUCGUCAACAGACAUUUCAGGACUAAUUGAUCCAUUUUCGGGUGUCCUCGAGCCCAUGCAACACGUAUCGGCUGUUCCGGUGUUGUCAGAAUCAACAAUGGACCACACAGUACCACAACAUGACCAUCAGAGACAAGAUGACAAUACUCAAGAUAGCAAUCAUCAAGAAUUGUCACAGAAUCAAGAUACAAAUUCAUCGGUAAAUGAUUCAAGUAUUUCAGCGGCUGCUAAUGUGUUGUCGCAAGUUGAUGAAGUCAACACUGAAUUGAGUCGUGAGAGUGCAACAUGUCAUUCAGAUGAUGCUGCCAAUAAGGAUAUGGCAGAUGUUGAGGAUUCAACAAAGCAAGAAUCAAUUUUAUCACCCUCCAAUUCAAUACAGCGUCAUUCGGAAGAUAGUUCAACGCAGGAGGGACAAACGGUACGAGAAUCUCAGUCACAACAACCACAUGAUUCACAUAGUGACAAUUCACAAACGGGAUUGUUGUCGUCCGUUACAGCAGCACUAGCUGAGGGUAGUGAUACCAAUGUGACAACUGAUAGUGUUGCUGUGAUGCAGACAGAUACGAAUCCAAUGCAUCAACAGAAAACCACAACACAGCAACUGCCACAGUUGACGCAACUUUCGGGACAAACAACACCAGUUCCACCACAGACACUCCCUGUUCCACCUCAGCAGCCUCAUUUGGCAGGGAUGCCUGGGAUGAUGCCGGGAGUGAUGCCUCAACAAGGUCAAUUGGGGCAUACCGGUAUGCCACCACAGACACCAAUGUACGAUCAUCAGAUGAUGAUGGGACGUCCACAAGGGCCACCACCUGGUAUGCAAAUGGCUCCGGGGAUGAUACCUCAUCAUGGAUUACCUCCGCAGCAAUCACUAAUGCCCGAUGUUGGCCCCUAUGGACCUGGUCCAUUGAUGCAUCAUCAGGAGAAAGCUGCCUUGCAGCAACAACUGCAGGAGCUCUACUGUAUGCCACCAUCUCCUGAGCAACAGGAGAAAAUUAUGCGUCUGCAGGAACGACUGAAUAUGCUGCAGCAACAUGAGGCCAAUGAUCAGUGCAAUGGUGGAGCACAGUGUAUACUGCAGAGUUCAAUGUACUCAUCACCAAUGAUUGAGAGUCCACAGGUGUCAAGUACAACGGGACGUGGGCGUGCUCGUGGUAUCAAUAAACCACGCAAACCGAGACAGAAAAAAUCGGAAAAGUUAGCAGCUCAGGCAGCUCUCAAUACGUCCGAAUCGAGUCCAGCUGAUCCAAAUAUGUUGCCAUCGGCCAUAUCCCAACAAUUGCCCGUAUCUGAAGAUUGUGUAACACCAGGUGCAGGAUUGGGUGAUAUGACAUCUGGUAUGACAGAUAUGAAUGAUUCCGAAGCAGAUAUAUCUCAAGAUAAAGCAUUUGAUGAAUUAGAUACACAAACCGAUGACAAGGGUAAAAAGAAGAAGGCACGUAAGCCAAGAGAACCAAAACCACCAAAAGAGCCAAAAUUGCCAAAGGAGCCUAAAGAACGCAAAAAGAGGGAACCGAAGGAUCCGAAUAAACCAAAGAAGAAGAGGGGUCGAAAGGGUGGUGGUGGUGCUGAACCGGGUGAAAUUGAUUUGGAUUCAACUGUUGAUAAUUCCAUGUCAUUGGAUACAACUAGUACGGAUCAUCAAGUUAAGUCAUCAGUCGUACCGUCUGAUGAGAAUAAUUCACUAUCCAAUCAAAUUGCACAGAAUCAAGAUUCUUCUGAUGCCAAGGAACCAAAACCGGUUCUGUCUGAAGAAGUUACGGAUUUUGAUGAUAUUCCUGUAUCAAAGAUCCCUAUUAAGAGUCUCCUGGAGGAGGGAGCAGCCAAAAAGUUGGAAGAUGAAAGUAAUGAGAAUUCAGAUAGUUCAAAGCCAGCUGAAAAUGACACACCGACACCUAAGAAAAGCAGUAGUAGGCGCAAUAGAGGCUCAAGUGGUAAUCGUCGUUACAACAGAAAUGGCGGCAAUAAGCGUUCAGGGAAGAGUGGAAAGAGAAAGGGUAAUCGGAUUGUUCCGGAAUCUGAUGGAGAAGGUGAUGAUAUGAUAUCAACACCACCACCUUCACCACCGCCAGACUCCGAAGCAGCUGACAGUUCUAAGAGACGAAGUGCUCGAAAUACUCAACGUAAGAAGUAUGUAGAUGAUGUUAUGCUGCGAUUUUCCGAUGAUGAAGGUGCCAUAACAUCACCAUCAACGAGUAGUGCUCGGAAGGAGAAGAAGGAGAAGGAAGUUAAGGAGGGUGGUGCCCCAGCAGCAACUGGUGAAACUGACAAUGUAACAACAACUGAGACCCUUGAGAAGGGUGAAGUUGAGAAACCAGCUGAAGAUUUCGGUGGAAAGCCUAAUUAUGUUUAUGUGAAUACAACUGAUGAGGAUUCAAUGGUUGUUCAACAUGUUUUGGCUGUGAGAAUGGGUAAAAGAGAAUUGAAACCUGAUCCACCACCACCUCCUGUACCAAUUGAACCAGAACCUGUGAAAAAUGGCGAAGAAGAGAAAACUGGGGAGAGUACGGAGGAAAAGAUGGAGACAGAAGGUGAAGAGAAGAAAAUGGAUGUUGAUGCAAAGGAGGAAGAGGAGGAGAACAAACCCAAAAUUGAAAGUGAGGCUAUCGAGUCUGAGAAAGACAAGACUGCUGACGAUGCAUCCAAGAUCGAUGACGAUAAACCCACCGAAAGUCCUGUAGAAAUGGCUGAAGAUGAAAAAGAAGCACCAUCUAGUGAGAAGGAAGAACCAGAAAAGAUGGAGGUGGAUGAAGAGGAAAAAGAAGAAGAAGUGAGCAAAAAAGAAUGUGCAGAAGAAGCAGACGAAGAAGGCGGAAAGGGAGGCACGGUUGAAGAACCCGAAGGAUCAGUCAAAGUUGUGAACGAUGCGAAGGAAGUGGAAGAUGUUGAAAUCAAAAUGGAAGAUGUGAAAGAAGAGAAAAUCGAUGUAAAGGAAGAGGAGAAGGUUGUGGUAGAGAAAUCAGGUGAACCAGAAGGAAAAUCAGAACCUGUCUAUGUUGAUGUUGAGGAGUAUUUUGUGAAAUACAGAAAUUUCUCGUAUUUGCACUGUGAAUGGCGAACUGAAGAGGAAUUGUACAAAGGUGAUAGGAGGAUUGCGUCGAAAAUUAAGCGUUUCCAUCAGAAGCAGUCGCAACAGAUCAAUAUAUUUGAGAAUCUGGAGGAGGAACCCUUCAAUCCGGAUUUUGUGGAAAUUGAUCGAAUUCUUGAUGUGUCUGAGCAUACAGAUGCCAAUACAGGGGAAAAGACCAAACACUAUCUGAUCAAGUGGAAGAGUUUGGCAUAUGAAGAUUCAACGUGGGAAUUGGAAGAGGAUGCUGAUCAAUUGAAAAUUGAACAGUAUGAGCGAUUUAGUAAGUUGCCGCCGAAGAAUGAGUGGAAACCCAAGAGACGACCACAUCCGGAUAUGUGGAAGAAACUGGAAAAGACUCCAGUAUACAAGGGUGGUAAUUCAUUGAGACCCUAUCAAUUGGAAGGACUCAAUUGGUUGAAAUUCUCCUGGUACAAUUCGCACAAUUGUAUUUUGGCUGAUGAAAUGGGUCUUGGGAAGACCAUUCAGAGUUUGACGUUCAUUCAUUCGGUCUACGAUUACGGAAUUCGUGGUCCGUUUUUGGUUAUUGCUCCGCUGUCAACAAUUCCAAAUUGGCAGCGAGAGUUUGAAGCGUGGACCGAUAUGAAUGUUAUUGUUUAUCAUGGAUCAGUAACGAGUAAACAGAUGAUUCAAGAAUAUGAAUUCUACUACAAGAAUGACAGUGGAAAGAUGAACAAAGACUUCACGAAGUUCAAUGUUCUCAUAACGACAUUCGAAAUGAUUGUGACAGAUUAUGCGGAUUUGAGGGUGUUCAAUUGGCGUGUUUGCGUCAUUGACGAAGCCCAUAGACUGAAAAAUCGAAAUUGUAAGUUGCUAGAAGGACUUCGUCAACUCAAUCUUGAACAUCGUGUAUUACUUUCGGGAACGCCACUUCAGAACAAUGUCAGUGAAUUGUUUUCACUGUUGAACUUCCUCGAACCGAGUCAGUUUGCCAGCAGUGAUGAGUUUUUGAAGGAGUUUGGUAGCUUAAAGACUGAAGUUGAAGUGGAGAAGCUACAAGCUCUUCUGAAACCCAUGAUGCUGCGACGACUCAAAGAUGACGUAGAGAAGUCACUAGCACCAAAGGAAGAGACAAUUGUUGAAGUCGAACUGACGAAUAUCCAAAAGAAAUACUACAGAGGUAUUUUGGAGCAGAACUUUUCGUUUUUGACCAAAGGAACGACAACGGCAAAUAUUCCAAAUCUCAUGAAUACCAUGAUGGAAUUGAGAAAGUGCUGUAUUCAUCCGUACUUGCUGAACGGUGCAGAAGAUCAGAUUCAGUAUGAGUACAAGACAACUCAUGGGGAGGAUAAUGAAGCGUACUACAAGAACUUGAUCUAUUCAUCCGGAAAGAUGGUUCUCAUUGAUAAACUCCUGCCGAAGCUCAAAGCAAACGGUCAUCGAGUUUUGAUCUUCAGUCAAAUGGUACGAUGCUUGGAUAUCCUCGAGGACUAUCUGAUGUACAGAAAGUAUCCGUUCGAAAGGAUUGACGGACGCAUUCGUGGUGAUUUGCGUCAAGCGGCAAUUGAUCGUUUCUGCAAACCAGAUUCCGAUCGUUUUGUAUUUCUGCUGUGUACAAAAGCCGGUGGCUUAGGUAUCAAUCUAACAGCUGCCGAUACCGUAAUUAUCUACGACAGUGACUGGAAUCCACAAAAUGAUCUCCAGGCUCAGGCAAGAUGCCACAGAAUUGGUCAACAGAAAAUGGUAAAGAUCUAUCGGUUACUCUGCCGAAAUACCUACGAACGUGAAAUGUUUGACAAGGCAUCACUGAAAUUGGGCCUAGAUAAGGCCAUCCUUCAGAGUAUGAAUACGUCGCAGGGCAAAGAUAGUAACAAUAGACAGCUGUCAAAGAAAGAGAUUGAAGAUCUGUUGAAGAAGGGUGCCUAUGGAGCUAUCAUGGAAGAAGAUGCAGCAGAUAAAUUCUGCGAAGAAGAUAUCGAUUCGAUUCUCAAACGACGAACGCAAGUUAUUACAAUGGAACAGGAGAAAGGAUCAACCUUCUCGAAGGCAUCAUUUGCAAUGUCCGGCAAUCGAUCUGACAUCAACAUCGAUGAUCCGGACUUUUGGAAGAAAUGGGCCAAGAAGGCUGACAUUGAUCCUGUUCAGGAACGCGACGAAAAGGAGGAUCUCGUCAUGACUGAACCUCGUAGAAGGACUCAAAUCAAAAGAUACGGACACGAUGAGAGUGUCAUGGAAAUGUCAGAAGAUUCGGGAACGGACACGGAAGAAGAAGGAGUUGGCGUUGGACUGAGGAGUAAACGACGAAGAGAUAAACGUGCCAAAGAUCGUGCGAGAAAUCUGGAGAGAGGCAAUGAGGAAUACUGCCCAAGAGAUCGUGAAGCACUUGCCAGUAUGGGCAUUGAUGAUGUAGCCUAUGGCAAUUGGGCACGAUCUGAAUGUUUCAAAGUUGAAAAAGGAUUACUCACAUAUGGUUGGGGACGAUGGUCUGAAAUACUUGAACAUGGUCAAUUCAAACGUGGUUGGAGAGAAAUUGAAGUGGAGGAAUUGGCUCGAAUUAUUUUACUGUACUGCUUAAAAUGCUACAAAGGUGAUGAGAAAAUUAAGAAUUUUAUAUGGGACUUGAUAACACCAUCGGAAGAUGGUGAGGAGCACAAAGUUAGUCGAAAUCACAGUGGACUGCACAAUUUGGUGCCUCGUGGACGCAAUGCAAAAGGACGAAAGGGAAAGGGUAACAAAGAUCCUGCUGCUCGUGAGGCAAAAUUGCAGCAACAGGCGGCAGCUUUGACGUCAGCCACAAAUUUAACAUCAACCACGACUCUUACCCCAGCAACUCCCUCAUCCUCAACGGCAUCCUCAUCAUCGUCAACUCCAGUUAAUCCGACACCACCCAUCACUGGAGGACCUCCACGGGAUGGUGAUCCAAAUCACUGGAGUCACGAUGACAAAUACGACACGGACAUUUUUCUCGAGAGUAGCUAUCGCAAGCAUCUGUCGAGACAUGCCAACAAGGUUCUAUUGAGAGUGAGGAUGCUAUACUACAUUAAACACGAAAUUAUUGGAGAUUUGGUGCAGCAGAUCAAUGACGGUGUCAACAUAAGCGAUCUCCCAAUUCGCCCGCCGCUUACCAGCGAUCAGAUGCCAAGCUCUUGGUGGAAUCCAAAAUGUUGUGACAAGAGUCUAUUGGUUGGAACAUAUAAACACGGCUGUGAAAGUUAUCGUCAGAUCCGGGCAGAUGCAACGCUUUGUUUUCUGUCUCAUUGUGGUCCACCGGAAGAUGGGGGAUUUUCAACGGCAAAUUUGGAAGAGGAUACGAACUCGAAGCACGAGGAGGGUGAUGAGGGAGAUGAUGAUCUCACUGGUUCGAAGGAUGAACAACAGAGAGCUCCAUCGGCAACUGAUUCCAAGGACACAGAUCUCGAUCGUCCAAGUAGUUCAGGAAUCGAAGAUGAGGAAGCUCUUCUUGCUGCCACACUAUCUUCGGAUGAUCCACACACAUGGCCAACGAUGCAAGAUCUCAAUACGCGUCUGCGUCGUGUGAUAACGUCAUAUCAGAGGAAUUACAAGAAGGAAGAAAUGAAGCAGCAGCAGAAGGCAAAGUUACAGGCCCUGGUGACACCAUCAUCAAUGGCUCCGUCUUCGACACCAACCUCCAUGGGAGGAUUGUCCAUUUCACCAGCAUCUAUUUCAACAAGUGUAACUACAACGUCUGCAACUGCAUCACAACAUCAAAUGCCUGGCACUUCUGCGCAAUCACAGGGACAUCAGCAAGGACAGCAUCACCAUCAGCAGCAACAACAGCAGAAUCCACCAAUGCCAACGGCUGCGGACUUUUCAUUGAUGCUGAGCCUUGGAUUGGGACUAAAUCCAGCUGAUGCCAACCAAUUAGCCAACUGGGAUAUCUCAAAAUUGGCAAUGUACUUGCAAAAGAUGGGCCAUCGGGAGAAGAUUGAGCAGCAAGUGCGUGAGAAGGAACGCAUGAGGCUGGAAUCGGUGCAGAAGAAAUGGAAUCGAAGGGAAGAGAAUGAAUUUUUGAGAGUUCUCACGGGCUAUGGAAUUGAUUUGCAAGCAUGCACGACAAUUCCAACGCCCGAUUGGACUAAAUUCAAGUCUCUGGCCAAGUUGGAGAAGAAAAGUGAUGAGAGUCUGUCGGAUUACUACAAAGUCUUCAUUGCCAUGUGCAAGAGACAGGCAAGUGUGAAGUUGUUGGAUGAUGAGAAGGGCCUAGAGGGAAUUGUUGAUGAUAUCAGUGAAGAUCAUGCGAGAUUGAUUUUGGAUCGUUUGGAAUUGUUGUCGAAAUUGAGGGAAUUGGUGAAGCAUCCGAAGUUGGAGGAGAGAGUUUAUCUGGCUCAGAAUAACUAUGAUACGCCAGAUUGGUGGGAAUCUGGGAAGCAUGACAGGGAAUUGGUCAGAGCUGUCCUUAAGCAUGGUCUCUAUCGAUCUGAUGCCAAUAUUUUCAAUGAUACUGAAUUCUGCUUCUACGAAGCUGCCAAGAAGUACGAAAGGGAGCUUGAGGCUCAAAAUCAAAAGGCUCUGCUCAAGAUGGAAGCGGAAUUGAUGAAUCUGGAGAAGAAGGAAGCGUUAUCGCUCAAAGUGGAAAAACCCGCAGAUUCAGGGCUGAAAAUAGAGAAAGUGGCAGUUAAGGCAGAAUCUGUAGAGGCUUCAGUUGAUCAGGAAGAGAUCACUGAAGGUCAGGAAGAGAAGAACAACAAAGAAGAAAUGAUUGAAGAUCCAGAAAAAGCUAAAGAAUCUCCAGAAAAGAGCACAGAAAGUGAGACUGAGUCAAAAGAUGACAAAGCCAAGAAGGCCGAUGAUGAAAUGGAAGAAAAUGAAGAGAAGAAGGUUGACGAGGAGGAAUCUGAUGAGCCCAGACCCGAACCCGAAGCAAUGGAUGACGAUGAAUCACCAAAAGAUUUGACGGAAGUAACUGACGCAGACAAAAAGGAGGAAAAGAUCCCAGAGGAAGAACAAAUUCCCACUCCCAAAGAAGACAAAGCAACUUCAGAGGCAGUUCAGGGCGAAGAAGACGAAGCAAAGGACAAGGAACCAAAGGAAAUUGAAGAUAAAAGUCCAGAAGAAAAGGUUCCAGGCAAGGAAGAAUCUCCAGAAAGUAGUGCAAACAAGGCAGCAACUCCUGAAAGAGUUGCUGCUUCAAGUGAAAAGGAGAUCUCAGUCGAGGAGGAAUGCAAUAAACAAGCAGCUGAACUCAAGGCCAGAUUCCCAGAUUUGGAAGUUAUUCAGCCAGUUGUUAAGCCGAGAAUUGCUGAAGUUUUCCCGAAGGAACUUCUAUCACUCAGAGAAAUCAAACCAAUUAUUCCGAAGCUUCUGUCGAAGCAAAUCCUCAUUAAGUGGUUCCGUGACUUUGCUCUGGAAAAGAGAAUAAGUCACAUUAUUCACUGUGUUGAGAAGAAUGAAUGGCCAGUGGGUAGAUCAUAUUCAGCGUACACGGGAUGCCAGGGAAUGGACUUGGAUGUCCCACUCUAUGAGACUGUCAAGCGAAUUCCUACGGCAAUUGAUGUGAAUCUGGCUGCAGCAGCAGCUGCUGUUGCCAAUGUUGGAAUGACCGGUGGUCGAUCCAAUACGCCAGAUGUCAUAACAAUUACCACAGAUCAGGGAUUGUCCAAGCAACUCCAAAAUCCCAAUUUGGCAUCCAUGAAUGCGUCAAAUAUGGGCGGAAGUGCUGCUGCUCUGAGUCAGAGCAUGGCUGCGGCUGCGGCAGCAGCUGUUGCAGCAUCCAACAAAAAGAGAAAGAGACACAUUGCAAUUGAUGUGGAGACGGAGAGGGCCAAACUUCACGCUCUGCUCAACAAUACUCAAAAUCCAGGAGGUAUGCAGAAACCUUCUUGGGGUGAUGAAGAGUCAAAUGAAUCACGCAGAAGUUCAUCAUCGAUGUCACUGCAACCACCUCCUGCCCAUCAACAUCAACCUCUUACGAGAUCUACAAUGUCGUCCUACAAUAAGCCAACAGUUAUACCCGGUACCUCUAGUACCCUGACUCCCAUAGAUUUAUCUUCAAGUUUACCAAAAGUCAAUAUGGCUGAAAUGAUUAAGAAUCCAAUUGACUUGAGUGAAGUUCAGGACUUUUCAAUGUCAAAGUCCAAGUCAUCAAAUUCGAGUGCAAUGGCGUCUGCCUAUGGCAAUUCAUCGGCAGCUGGAAAGAGCAAAUUGGACAAUAUGUUGACGAAAUUGAUGAAGAAGAACAACUGCCAGCCUGUUGAGGAGCCAGUUGUGGGGAAGGAGAAGAAACGUAGAAAAUUGGAUGAAAUUGUGUUGGGGCUGUCAGCAGCACAAGAACAGAAAAUGUAUCCAGAUCCAUCUCCACCGAUGUCCAUGAAGAAGCCUCAAGUGGCUCCAAGUGUCUCCGUUACACCGGCCAGUGGGCCAUCGCAGACGGCAGCAUCGAGUGCCAAUCAGAAACCAUUUACCAUCACUGUAACAAGUGUUCCAGGUAAAAAACGAACAUCAUCAAAUAAGAGUUCAUCUAUGAAAAAUCCACCAGUAUCGGCUACCACAGGACUACAGGCAUUGCAGAAUAUGGCUGGACUUGGUGGUGUAUCGACCAAAGAUAUGAAUGCAUUCUUGGCUGAGGCCGCAAAGGCUGAACAGCAGGCAAUGCUGAAGCAGCAUCAGAAGUUGCUGCAACAGCUACCAGCAUCGUCGCAACAGAGGAAGGCGUAUGAGGCGAUGUUUGCUGAAAUGAAACAUUUGAGUUCUUACCUUUCUAGCUCAAAAUUGGGUUCAUAUCCUACGCACGAUGCUAAGGUUAAUAAAUGGUUGGCUGAGCAGAGUGCAGCACUGACGGAAGAAGCUCUGGGCAUGGAUUACAGAUCGAGAUCGAGAUCGAGGCAACCAGCAACACCAACAAUGCAGGACAAUAUCUUCAGUCGGAAGGCUCUGACGGGAGAAGAAAGUGUCCCAGUGAUAAAUAAGAUUACAGGAAAGAGACUUACGGGAAAUAAGGCUCCGCAACUCAAGAGAUUGACUCAAUGGUUGACUGAGAAUCCAGCGUAUGAGAUUGAUCCAAAAUGGUUGGAGAUGACGCAGAAUCCUCAAUCACCUUCGCCGAAACCAUCACCUUCAGAGGCCAGUACUUCAUCGUCGUCAUCGUCAAAGGCACCGCAUCGUUCAUCGGGCGGUGCAGCAUCAUCAAGUGCUACCAGUUCACUGGUACAAUCCAGUACAGCUGGCAGUACAUUUGGGGUACAGUCACUGCCGUCCACUUCUAAGAAGGGACGUUCGCAUGACUCCUCGGCUGCCCUUACAAAUGCCGCUGCAGCAGCAGCUGCUAUGCAAUUUCCCGGUCUAGCUGGUCUCAAUCCCAAUUUACUGUCAAGUCUACCGGGAUUGGGAUCAUUUGACCCGAAGAAUCCUCUACUGAUGCCAUUCACGGGUAUGCCCGGUCUGGCUGGUAUGAGUGGUCUUGGCAAUCUCAAUAAUAUGAAUUUAUUUGCUAAUUUGGCCGGAUUGGGUUUGGGCAAUUUAGCCGGAUUGGAUCCACAGAGCCUAGCUACGAUGAUGGCGGCAGCUGGUGGUGGUUUGGAUGCUGCAACAGCUGCAGCAGCAGCAGCUGCGGCGGCUGGAUCAAGAGGUAUGGGCGGAAAGGGAAGUUCAAGUAGUAGUAGUGGUGCUGGAGGUAGUAGUGGUAGUAGUAGUUCAAAGACGAGAAAGAGUGAUGGAGGGAUGUCAGGAUCGCAGCAACAGGUAUCAUCACAGAGUCAACAGGCAACACCGUCAACAUCAAAGGCGACAUCGUCGAGCAGUUCGGGUGGUAGUGCCAAUGCUGCCUUUCCAUUCCUCUUUCCCAAUCCGAGUUUACUGUAUCCUCUGGGUUUGCCGUAUCCACUGACACCGGGUAUGUCACCGUAUGAUCAAUUGGCACAGUAUAGUUUGCUGAAUGGAGCUGGUUUGGGUUCUGUGAGCUCAGGAGCUUCGUCGUCAACAACAACAUCGUCACCGAGGCAGUCUAGUACGAAGUCAUCGAGUAGUGGUAGGGGAAAUAGUAGUUCACAGUCGAGUGCAUCGCCGAGUAGUAGCAGUAAGACACGAGGUUCAUCAAUGUCAUCAUCCAGGGUUGAUACGAGUCAACUGCAGAAUCUUCUGUCACCACAUGAUCCGCAUUUGUUGGAAUCACUGAGUAGGGUGGCAGGAUUGGAUAUAACACAGUCAUCGAGGAGUUUGGCUGGUAGUUCGAAGAUGGAUGCAAAGAUGGCGAGGGAUACAACACUGGCAGCUACGAAGGAUGCCAUGGAGAAGUUGGAGAAGGAGAGGAGAAAAUUGAUGGAUAAUUUGUCAAGGACAGGAUUUGGAUCGGAUCUAGCGGCCAUGCAGGCAUUUGCUCAAGGGAAACUGCCGUCAACGUCGUUAACUCCGUCUUCGGGGUCGAGUAAAGGUAGUUCGAAGGAUUCGUUGCCGAUCCCGUUGCCACCGGACUUCAGUCAAGCGUUGUUUGCUGAGAUGGCAGCAGCUGCUGGGGUUAGUGUUGGAUCGUCAGCGUCGGCGUCGUCGUCGUCGUCGUCGGGGAAGAGAGGCAGGGAGCAGGAGUUGAAGGAGAGUUUUGAACAUAUGAGUAAGUCACAGAUGGAGAUGUUGGCGAGGAAUUUGGGCAUGAGUUCGUGUAUUUCGCUCAUUCCGACGUCAACGAGUAGUACGUCGUCGUCGUCGUCGGCGGCGUUGGCGGCAGCAGCAGCGUCAGCGUCGGCGGCGUCUGUAGCGGGUCCGAGUCAUGAGGAUAAGGGCGGAGUACCGUCUAAGAGAGCGAGGACCAGUGAUCAUCACAGUACAGCAGCAGCGAUGGGAGGCAGUAGUGGGCAUAAGGUUGAUGAAGCUUUGCCACUUGUGAUGGAGGAGAAGAUGCAUACGAGAUCAACUCGUAGCAGUUCAGACAGUGCGACUAUUGAAAAGGUGACAGUUUCUCCGGUAUCUGGAGUUAGUUUGUCAUCUCUUCCAUCGCAGACUACCAUCACAAUUGCCCCAUCGCCAGCUGCUCAUGUCUCCCCGGUGGCUCAUCACAGUACAGCUCCGGCGAGUAGUGUGACGUCGCCAACGGCAACGGUGACGGCUGUCCCUGAGAAUCUCACAAAGGCAGCAGCUGUUGCAGCAGCGCCAGUUGAGACAACUCCCAUAGCGGCACCAUCUCCAAGUGCAACGCAUGAGAUGGACUUGGAAGAUCUCAUUGCGCCGUCAAAGGUGAGUAAGGGCGGAGGUAUGCUAAUGGAGGAGAAGAGCCCGAAAGUUGUAGUCCAGGACAGCGUAACCGUUGGCGGAGCCGGAGGCGACAAGAAAGAAGCACCAACGGAAUCAGAGGAACAGCCUCAGCCUCAGCCUCAAGAGCAGACUGAGGGCGAGAAGAAGCCGCCUGGUAAGAGGACCAGGGGCAAGAGACCGAGGUCCGGUGAAGACCACGAUGCACUUGCAGCACUGCAACAGCCGGAACGCAAGCGUGAGCUUCGUUCCAGUGCAGGUCGUGCAGCUGCCGCAGCUGCGGCAAGAAUUGCCGCUGAGGCCAAAGCGGCGGCAGCAGCAGCAGCUGCUGAGGAAUCACUGAAUUUGUCAACAAGUGACGAGAGCAAGACUUGACUAAAGACCAAAUCUCUUCGGAGACAUCAUUGAGUCGCACCAGUGACGGCUGAGCGGAGAAGUCGCAGGAGGAAGAGAAGGAAUACGAGGUGAAAAUGACAUGGUGAAUGCUAAAAUGCACCUCAAGCAUUGUCAGAGCUAUAGAUGGCAAAUUUCAUGAAAUUUCACAUUUUUCCGCCUAUUGUAGAUGGAGACUACGGUGAAAUUUCAUGAAAUUUGCCAUCUAUGCGAGAGCUCUUUUGAUAUUGUGUAAUAAAAGAAAAGAAAAAUUAUUUAUUUUACCUAAUUUCACCUAUCAAAUAAGUUAAAACAACAAUGGAAGUGAUUGUAUGGACUUACUGUAUUAACAAGAAUUAAGCAGUGUUCAAAGUGUUUUGUCCCUUCUAAUAAUCUCGGAAAAGAAAGAAAAGAAUUUAAAAAAAAAGAAAUCAAGCAGAAAAAUGGACGUCUGUGGAAAAAUAAGUGAUGAUAAAGUGACUGCAAAAUAGAAAAUAUUAAAGAAAAA